CGAGCCUCCUUAUCAUCCAUUCCUUCAAGUGCUCAUGCUUUGGAACAUCAGAGGCGAAGAUCCCAAGAAAUGGCUAGCGCCAUGGCACUUCAGUCACAACAGUCGGCCUUCCACUCACUCAACUCAGCUGACAGAAUGCGAAGCUCGUCCCAGCGCGAACUGAAUAAUCGUGAAAUUUACGCCGACGGCGCUAAGUAUAACGAGUUUGAAGGUUUCGAUGAUCACGAAGUUUCACCCUUGAAAUCUCUUUCCGUAUCUGCGAGGACGAGUGCCAGUCAGCCGAAUUUGCGCGUCCAGGAUUCCGUCCAGGGUAAGCUGUAUUCCAAGAAAUCCCAUUACAGACACUCCGGGUCCCAUCAGGCUGAAGACAAUCAUUACGUUAAUGAACCCGCGUAUGAACCGAUUAACAGAGAUGAUAAGGAAGAAUACUUCCCCCCACCCUCUCCCUCUGACAUGCCUGAUGAUAACUUCUACAUGCCCCUGCAGCAUAACGAUGAUCAGUCCUCCGUGUCCCACGUGAACAAUCUUGGUCUCGAGAGUGGAGUGAUCUAUGACGACACUGCUGCACCAGAACUGCCAAAGCGAGAUUACCAGAACCCAACGAUUGAGGUUCGGGAAGGACUGGUGAAGAAAACAUCUAGCAAGAAGACACGUGCCCCCAACCACCCGUAGCUCCCAUAGAUCAAAUGGACUCUAUUCAGCGGGAGAAGACAGUUUGCCUGGAAACACAGUUCCAGAGGGACAAUCAGCCGAUAGGAGGGUAUAAAUCAAAUGAUGACAACAAGAAAGAAAUGCGAGGGAAAAUGAACAGCGAAGCUCCGAAUUGCGAGUCUCUCCAUGCAUACAUUCAGAGAUUUCGGAGAGAGCUGUUUCGAAAAGAUGGUUUCACUGUCGAAGUAGACAAAACUGAUCUAUCACGUAAAUCCAUGACGUUGGUGUGUGUUGCUGACUGCAUUUGCAUCGCUGCACUCCCGAAUGCCAAAUUGCACUCCUUGUUGCACGUCGAUGACGUCAUAGUGAAAGUAAAUCGACAAACGCUUCCCUCUAUAGACUUCUGCUACACACUCUUUAGAACAACAGACGAAAAUAAGGUACAGCUCCAUAUCAAAAGGGUGAUGCAUGGCAUCCUGUGUCACGUGAUCUUGUCAACCAAUGGGGACGUCGAUUCUCUGGGUCUCGGAUUCGGGAACCAAAGUCAAGGCAAUGAGGUUACAGCUAUGCAUAGCGAAGGACUCGUUGCGAAGAGUGGUAGCCCUUCUCGACCACACACGCAUGGUGUCGUGAACGGUGGAAUGCUGGUAAAUUGGGGCUUAGUUGAGAUAAACCAGUCACCAGUUUCUUUCGACAGCUCACCAGCAGACGUACGUGAUCAAAUUCAGCGCUCUGGGUGUGAGUUGGCUCUUGUUUUCCUUCCAAUGGACCUCAUCAACGUCUUUAAGGAAGGGCUGUGUGGAGAACGCACUGAUCAGACAUCUACAGGAGAAGGCACAUGUUGAGCUAUUUCCACGACGAUUUGCAAGCCAGAAACCCAGAAAUUCAUCCAAUCUCCCUUGUAUUCUUGAGUUACGAAAACACAAAUAUAACGAAAUUUACAAGAAGUAUGAAUACAAUUAAGUUUUUAAUGAUAUAUGUAUAUAUACUUCAUUUGAUGAGCUUAGCAAAUUAUACACUGUUUAUGGACGUGUGGGUCUAUUAUUACGGUAAAUCUACUUCAUUAAUGGUAAUGUAAAAUUUCUUCAGUAGAUUCUUUAUUUUUCUUUUUUACCAUUAGGAAAAUCUUUUGAAAAUAUAUGCAAUCGAUGAGAAUCAAAUUUUAUAUUUUCUCCGAGAGUUAUCAAGAUACAGUUACUGUUUUGUACCAUAUAAAGUAUUUACAUGUAGAAAUUAUCAAUAACGUCAUGUUUUUGCAUAUUAUCCGAAAUGUUUAGAUUAUUAAUGGCAACACUUUGUAUUAUCCCGCCGUGUUUUGUUUUUGCAGGUAUAUAUAAUAGUUAUGAGCAGUUUUAUUACCACUCACAUUACUGAUAUUAUUAUCAUAAUUCCGAAUGUUUAUUUGGGUUACUUAGCAUCGUAUCACAAGAUGGUCGCAAGUGCACGUUCCCCAACAACCCAUUGAAACGGGUGAAUAAUUACCUCACAUUUCAAUGGGAUGUUGGCAGACUUGUUCUUAGGACGGUUUCGUGAAACUAUGCCCUGCUGUUUAUACCAAGACCUAAUUAUGAUUCCAACUAUGACUCCAACAGUACUAUUUACUUUAUAGAAAGAGGAUCGUUCUAUACCAUCAUAUGACUAGUAUUAAGUCCUACAUAAAUUUGAUUAUUAUUUGUUGUCAUUUAAUUUAUUUGGUACGUUAUUUUAAUCUGAUUUGGUUUAAUUUAUUUGUUUCAUAUAUUCAAUUAAAUAAUUAUAAACAUCCGUAGAGUUGAGUAAAUACUAUACUGCCCACAAGUUUUAACAAUCAUCAUUUAUAUUAACGGUUCAGCUGUGUUCAUUUCAGUUUAUUCAACUCAAAAGAAAAACAUAAAAAUACAUGGUCCUCAAAUGUUCGUUACAAAGGCAUAUUGACGAGGCUAUAUACAUGUACAAAUAUCAACAACAGAAUGUACAACAAAAUGGAAAGAGUGCAAGUGGAAGGGCUAUACAAAAUGCUACUCUUGUAAGUAAAGAUCAAUAAAGCCAAUGGCGUAAUGAGCGACAAAAAAUUGAGAUGGGCUAAGCCAGAAUUUUAAGCCCCACCAACGCAAUACAAAAUGUCAAUUCGUAGAAUUAGAGGGAGGGGGAAGCUUACCUUCCCCUCCCCUAAUAACAAGACUUGGUAAUUUGUGGUGUAAUAUUAUUGCAUUAUAACAACAUCCUCGGUAAAUUAUGUUUCUUACAUGGCAAGGUCGCUUAGCGACGACGCUAGAAAAUUACACGUAUUGUAGUUAGGAAUUUGCAUUUUAGAGCACUUUUUAUCACAAGUGCGAGCAAACUAUUAAAGGGAUCCGGUAACUUUGUCUCACAUUCUGAAACAAAAUUCUGGAUUUAGCUCAUUCUGCAAUGAUAACUAUAAAGCUUUAGGUCAGUCAGGAAGCCCAUGACUUUUACAAGCCCAUCACCU